GCUGCCGCCCAGCGCUACUAACACAAUCGCCACACCGACUUUCAGGCUCUAUACAAUCACUCUUUGGGUCAUUCUCUCUGUCUACAAUGGCAAGGAAGCGUGGAACAGGCAAGGCAAAAGGCUCUCGGCCAAAACCGAGAGGAGUCAACCCGAAAGAGAGCAAGAUCGCGAAAUGGGACAAGCCGUUAGACAUACCGCUGGACGAAGAGGACCAGUUCCACACAUCUCGCGACAAGAUACUUGGGGGCGACGGCGAGGACGACGAGGACGAAGGCGACGAAGACGAGGUAUUCGCGUUGAAGGGUAUGUCUGAGGGCUCAGAUGAAGACGAGAAUGCAGACGAAGAGGACGUGGACGAUCAGGAUCACAUAGGCGAGCUGAGCGGAGGUUCCAAGAGUGACCACAAAGCAAAAGGGAAGAAAGGCAAGGCUAUGAAGUCUCCGUCAGCGUCUGGGGAUGAGGAGGACGAGGAAGAAGAAGGUUGGGGGAAGAAGAAGGCCGCGUACUACUCGUCCAAUGCUGCACAAAUUGAGUCCGAAGACGAGGAGGCGAAUGAAUUGGAAGAGCAGGAGGCGAAGCGGUUGCAGGUCAAAGCCAGGGAGACCAUGGCCGACGAUGACUUCGGCUUGGGGGAUCCAAUAGAGACUGCAGCAGAAGCUGACGAAAUGAUAUUGGACGUCCCGCCGCCGGUCCUACAGUAUUUACCGACAGACAAACAAUCGUUAGUGAGGCAUCUCGAGAAGAAUAACCCAGAGGCUCUCGCACUUGCACGGGACUGGGACGAUACAGCACACAAAGUAAUGGAAACACAGUCAAAAUUAUCCUCACUAGAAACGAGCGUUCCUGACGCUCUCAGCUCCGGCAUGUCUCACUUAUACUAUCAGGCAUUGCUCACAUAUGCGACCACGGUUGCCUUUUAUUUGCACCUACGGACAAGCGAGAAGUAUGUGCAACGGCCUGACCUUCUCCGUACCCAUCCCAUUCUCCAAAGGCUCCUAUCGCUCAAGCAAGCUAUGUCUUCACUCGAAGAUCUGAAUCUCGCUCUCGAUGAGGAGGACGAGGACGACAGCCUAUCACACGACGACGAUAUGAAGGACGCCAAAGCACUCUGGUUGGAGGAGCAGCUCAGUAGUCUGGAACCUGACGAGUUGCGCGCCCUUCUCAAGGAAGCCGACUCACUGGCCAAGGACGCGCAAGGUGAAUCCUCGGCGAAGCGAAGGUCUAAAGCCUCCAGCCAGAAGUCAGAGGAGCCUCCGAAAAAGAAGCGGAAAACAAGCAAAGCGUCCGGAGAGUCUAAACCCGCUACACCCGUGUUCGAUCUCGUCGAGCCCGACAUCGCGCAAAGCAAGCCUGUCGCUUCGAGCAGCCGCUCGGGUCCCUCGUCAACCGAUGUCUACGGCGAGGCUACGUCCCUCCAGGCAGCCGAUGCUGCCGACAAGCAAGCUCGGAAGAAGUCCCUGCGCUUCCAUGCAGCGAGAAUUGAAAACACGAACGCGCGAAGGCAGAAUGCGCGCAGUAACGCCAUGGGUGGAGACGACGAUAUACCGUACCGUGAACGGAAGAAGGCGAAGGAAGCUCGAUUGGCGCGCGAGGUAGCGAAGGGCCGCGGUGAGGGCGGUGACGACCUCGAUGACGCGGAGCCCGAGCCGAGGCGGCGAGAUAAAAAGCGGGCCCGAGAUGAGGACAGUGACUCCGACGGCGGUGACGGCGAUGCCGAUGGCUACUACGAGCUUGUCCAACGCAAGUCUAAGGAGAGGAAGGAGAAGAAGAAGGCGGAGUACGAAGCGGCCAAGGCGGCUGAGAGGCCUGAUAUCGAUGAGAGUGCUGACGGCCCUCGCGCCUUGACGCGGGCUAUUCUCAAGAACAAGGGCUUGACUCCCCAUCGCGGGAAGUCCGUUCGUAAUCCUCGGGUCAAGAAACGGCAGAAGUACGAGAAAGCGAAGAAGAAGGUCUCCUCGCAGAAGGCCGUCUACAAGGGUGGUAUCAGCGAUACUGGGCACUACGACGGCGAAAAGUCGGGCAUCUCGCGUGUGGUGAAGAGUGUCCGUCUGUAA